GUACAAACAGGAUCGGGCGAUGCUUAGGCGGUGGUGGCCUCAGAUCCACACCGGCCCGCCGCUGGGCAUCCUCAUUGCGUGAACGCGAAGGUGAAGACGGGCGCGGUGUGGUGGAGAAGAUGGCGCAGCCGUCCUCCUCUCGACGUCAGGGAAGCGGCCGCAACAGAUCGAUUCCCGGCGUUGCAGGAAGAGGCGACGACGGCGCCGCAGCGGCAGGGGAGGACGGCAGGCGAGAGGAGGGUGGGGUGGAGGCGACGGCGCAGCGUGCUGCGUGAGGGAGGGAGGGCCGCCGGUCGUCGGCUGCCAGACCGAAUCCUACGAGUCGACGGGAUUGAGCAUACUUUUUGGCAACGUAUCCUUGUGCUUAAAGGGUACGCAUAUUUUAAACCUGGGACAUUUAUAUCGCAUCCAACGGUAGCAGCUGUGAGCGGAAUUAGAGUCGGGCAUCUCGUUCCGCUUCGCCGCGGCCGCCGCCGCCGCCUCCGCCUCCGUGUCGCCGCCGCCCCGCAGAACCCUAAAGGCCGCCGCCACCAUGCGCCGCCUCCCGCCCCUCCCCCGGCCCGCGGCCGCCGUCGCCUCGACAUCCACCCCGGACAUCGUCGCGGAGCUCGGCCGCGUCCUCUCCACGCGCCGCUGGAACAAGGGCAGCGCCUACAAGCGGCUGUCCCCCUCCGUGACGGCCGCGCACGUGGCCGACCUCUUCCGCGCCCCGGUGUCCCCUCUCGACCCGGCCACCGCUCUGGCCUUCUUCGAGUGGGUCGCGCGCCGCCCCGGGUUCCGCCACACCGCCGCCUCCCACGCCGCGCUGCUCCAGCUCCUCGCCCGCCGCCGCGCGCCCGCCAACUACGACAAGCUCGUCCUCUCCAUGAUUAGCUGCUCCGGCACCGCAGAGGACGUGCGUGAGGCCGUCGACGCAAUUCAGGCAAUCCGUCGAGUGGGUGGUAAGCGACUCGUGCUGUCCCCAAAGUGCUACAACUUGGCGCUCAGGUCGCUGCUGCGAUUCGACAUGACGGAGUAUAUGGGGAAGCUGUACUCGCACCUCGUGCAGGAGGGGUUGUUGCCAGACACGGUGACUUACAACACUAUGAUCAUGGCAUACUGCAAGAAGGGUAGUCUCGCCAUAGCACACCGGUAUUUCUGCUUGUUGAGGGAGUCUGGGAUGCAGAUGGAUACAUACACAUGUAAUGCACUGUUGUUGGGGUACUGCCGAACAAGUGACUUGAGAAAGGCUUGCUGGCUACUCAUGAUGAUGCCGCUGACGGGUUGCAGGAGGAACGAGUACUCCUACACCAUUUUGAUUCAGGGGCUCUGUGAAGCACGGUGUGUAAGGGAGGCACUUGUGCUUGUGUUCAUGAUGGUACAAGAUGGGUGCUCCCUGAAUCUGCACACGUAUACACUCUUGAUAAAAGGUCUUUGUAAGGAGGGCAGGAUUCAUGAUGCCAGGGGGUUGCUUGAUGAAAUGCCUUUGAGAGGGGUGGUACCAAGUGUUUGGACUUAUAAUGCAAUGAUUGAUGGGUAUUGUAAGUCAGGAAGGAUGAAGGAUGCAUUGGGGAUUAAAGCACUGAUGGAACAAAAUGGGUGUAAUCCAGAUGACUGGACAUACAACAGUCUGAUUUAUGGCCUAUGUGGUGGGAAGCUAGACGAAGCCGAAGAAUUGCUGAAUGGCGCUAUUGCAAGGGGCUUCACACCUACAGUUAUCACAUUCACUAACCUGAUUAAUGGGUAUUGCAAGGCUGAAAGGAUUGAUGAUGCACUCAGGGUAAAGAGUAAUAUGAUAUCAAGCAAUUGCAAGCUUGAUUUACAGGCAUAUGGAGUGUUGAUUAAUGUCCUCAUCAAGAAGUGUAGAUUAAAAGAGGCUAAAGAGACGCUGAAUGAGAUGUUUGCAAAUGGUUUAGCUCCUAAUGUUGUCAUUUACACUUCUAUAAUUGAUGGGUAUUGCAAGGUUGGGAUGGUUGGUGCUGCACUAGAGGUCUUCAAAUUGAUGGAACAUGAAGGCUGCCAUCCAAAUGCCUGGACUUAUGGUUCUUUGAUAUAUGGGUUAAUUCAGGAUAAAAAGCUUCAUAAGGCAAUGGCUUUAAUAACUAAAAUGCAAGAGGAUGGGAUAACUCCUGGUGUUAUCGCUUAUACUACUCUGAUUCAAGGCCAGUGCAAAAAACAUGAAUUUGAUAAUGCUUUCAGGUUAUUUGAAAUGAUGGAAAAGAAUGGCUUGACACCUGAUGAGCAAGCGUACAAUGUCCUAACUGAUGCACUAUGCAAGUCUGGAAGAGCUGAAGAAGCUUAUUCAUUUCUUGUCAGGAAGGGAGUCGUCCUCACAAAGGUAACAUAUACAUCUUUAGUUGAUGGUUUUAGCAAGGCAGGCAAUACUGACUUUGCUGCCGUCCUUAUAGAGAAGAUGGUCAAUGAGGGUUGUAAGGCAGAUUUGUACACAUAUAGUGUAUUGUUGCAGGCUUUAUGUAAACAAAAAAAACUGAAUGAAGCUUUGUCUAUACUGGAUCAGAUGACCGUAAGUGGAGUCAAGUGUAACAUUGUUGCUUAUACAAUAAUUAUCAGUGAAAUGAUCAAAGAAGGGAAGCAUGACCAUGCUAAAAGCUUGUUCAAUGAAAUGAUUUCAUCAGGACAUAAGCCUAGUGCAACCACAUAUACUGUAUUCAUUAGCUCGUACUGCAAGAUAGGUCAAAUAGAGGAGGCUGAGCAUCUAAUUGGGGAAAUGGAAAGAGACGGUGUCACACCUGAUGUGGUAACCUAUAAUAUAUUCAUUAAUGGUUGUGGUCAUAUGGGAUACAUGGAUCGUGCAUUUUCUACUCUGAAGCGCAUGGUGGAUGCAUCAUGUGAGCCAAAUUGCUGGACUUAUUGGCUUUUGCUCAAACAUUUUCUAAAAAUGAGUUUGAUCAAUGCUCACUAUGUAGACACAUCUGGCAUGUGGAACUGGAUUGAACUGAACACAGUUUGGCAGCUUCUUGAAAGGAUGAUGAAGCAUGGUUUAAAUCCUACAGUAGUGACAUACAGUUCUAUCAUUGCAGGAUUCUGCAAAGCAACACGACUAGAAGAAGCAUGUGUGCUUCUUGAUCAUAUGCUUGGAAAAGCUAUAUCUCCCAAUGAAGAGAUAUACACAAUGCUUAUCAAGUGUUGUUGUGAUAUCAAGCUCUUUGGAAAGGCUGUGUCAUUUGUUACCGACAUGAUAGAAUUUGGGUUUCAGCCUCAGCUUGAGUCCUACCACUACCUUAUUGUAGGCCUCUGUGAUGAGGGGGACUAUGACAGGGCUAAAUCACUGUUCUGUGACUUACUUGGGAUGGACUAUAAUCAUAAUGAAGUUGCAUGGAAAAUUUUGAAUGAUGGUUUGCUCAAAGCUGGCCAUGUGGAUUUUUGUUCACAGUUGCUGGCUGCUAUGGAUAAUAGACACUGUCGGAUUGACUCUGAGUCAUAUUCAAUGUUGACUGAUAGCAUUCGUGAGGCUUCUGGCAGUGUGGUCAGCGAACUCAGAGGAGAAGCUGCCUGACCGAUGUGCAAGUGUCUUUGGAGUUUCGUCAGAAUCAAUGCAGUGUUCCUAUGAUUCCCGAGGAAACAGUGUCCUAACAAUCCUCUUGAUGAUGCAGAGAUGCCUUUAUGAACAUGGAGGUCUUCAGGCAGAAGGUAUCUUCCGAAUAAACGCAGAAAAUAGCCAGGAAGAAUUUUGUGAGAGACCAAUUAAAUAAUGGAAUUGUUCCUGAUGGUGUUGAUGUCCACUGUUUGGCAGGUCUAAUCAAAGCCUGGUUCAGAGAAAUGCCGAGGGGGGUACUGGACUCUAUCCCACCUGAACAGGUGAUGCAAUGCCAAUCUGAAGAGGACUGUGCUUGGGUAUCGAAAUGUCUUCCACUAGCUGAAGCAGCUUUGCUUGACUGGGCUGUUAAUCUGAUGGAUGAUGUAGUCCAGGAAGAACAGAUAAACAAGAUGAAUGAUCGCAAUAUUGCUAUGGUUUUUGUGCCAAAUACGACUCAGAUGGCAGAUCCUUUGACUGCACUGAUGUAUGCAGUCCAAGUGAUGAAUUUUCUCAAGAUGCUGGUACAAAAGACCCUCAAGGAUAGAGAGGAGUCCACUCCAGAGGAUGUUUUGCUGCCACAGAAGGACCCAUCUGAUGAAAAUGGGCAUCAGAAACCCAGCGUGACACUUGAUUCUCUCCUUGAGGAUGGAUCCAGGCGCCCUUCAUUUGCCAAGGAAGAGCCCCUUCUGAACAGUCCUGCCCACAGCACUGAUGACAAGUCUAAUGAAAGUAAAAACCACUUUAGGAGUCACUGCUGCUUUCGCUGCCCAGGCAACGAGUGUGGACGACUCCACUAGUGGCUUACAACCUUCAGCUGCUAUCACUUUAAGAUAAAUUCAAUAGAAUUUUCUCCUAAGCUAUUUAAAGGACAACUAUGGCUACAAUUCAAGAUAUAGGACUCUCUGCGGCUAUCAACAUAAUGGGUGCUGUAGUGUUCCUAGUUGCAUUUGCUUUCCUUCGACUGCAGCCAAUCAAUGAUAGGGUUUACUUCCCAAAAUGGUACCUCAAAGGUGCAAGAGAGAGUCCAAGUCAUGGGGGUACAUUUGUCCGGAAGUUUGUCAAUUUGGACAUGCGUUCAUACUUGAAAUUUUUAAGUUGGGUGCCUGCUGCUCUCAAAAUGCCUGAGGAUGAGUUGAUUAGCCAUGCUGGUCUGGAUUCAGCUGUGUAUCUGAGGAUUUACUUGGUCGGACUUAAAAUAUUUGCUCCAAUCUCAGUUCUAGCUUUCAUUGUUCUUGUCCCUGUUAAUUGGACCAAUGAUACUCUGCAAUUCUCAAAGUUAGAGCACAGCAAUGUUGAUAAGCUUUCAAUAUCAAACAUACCAGUUGGAUCAAAAAGGUUUAUAGCCCACUUGGCAAUGGCGUAUGUUUUCACAUUUUGGACCUGCUAUGUACUAUUACGUGAGUAUGAAGUAGUUGCAAAGAUGAGACUGCGAUUUCUUUCAUCAGAGAAACGCAGACCAGAUCAGUUCACGGUCCUUGUGCGGAAUAUACCGCCUGAUCCAGAUGAAUCAAUUAGUGAGCUUGUGGAACAUUUCUUUCUUGUGAAUCAUCCUGGUCACUAUCUGACACAUCAGGUGGUUUACAAUGCAAAUAAACUUGCUAAAUUGGUGAAAGAGAAAGCAAAGAUGCAUAAUUGGCUUGACUACUAUCAGCUGAGAUUUGAAAGGAAUGCAUCUAAACGGCCUACUACUAAGACUGGUUUUCUUGGUUGUUUUGGUACGAAGGUGGAUGCCAUUGAAUACUACACAUCAGAAAUUGAGAGGAUAGAAAGUGAAGAAGCAGAAGAGCGUGAAAAAAUUGUAAAGGAUCCCAAAUCCAUUGUACCAGCAGCAUUUGUUUCCUUCCGAUCACGUUGGGGUGCAGCAGUUUGUGCUCAGACACAGCAAACCAGUAACCCAACUGUUUGGUUGACAGAAUGGGCUCCAGAACCUCGUGAUGUGUACUGGGAUAAUUUGUCUAUUCCAUUUGUCUCCCUUACAGUUCGAAGGCUGAUAAUUGCAGUGGCAUUCUUCUUCCUGAACUUCUUUUAUGUGUUCCCAAUAGCAUUUGUUCAGUCUCUUGCAAAUCUUGAAGGGAUUGAGAAGGCAGCGCCGUUUCUGAAGCCUCUGAUUGAAGAGCAUACUAUUAAAUCAUUCAUCCAAGGUUUCCUUCCGGGAAUUGCUCUGAAGAUCUUCCUUAUAUUGCUCCCAAGCAUAUUAAUGUUUAUGUCUAAGGUUGAAGGAUUGACCUCAAUAUCUUCACUGGAGAGAAGAUCUGCAUCAAAGUAUUAUAUUUUCAUAUUCUUCAAUGUAUUUCUGGCAAGCAUUAUUGCAGGAUCUGCUUUAGAGCAGCUAAAAAGCUAUAUUCAUCAGUCAGCAAAUGAAAUACCAAGGACGAUUGGUGAAGCAAUUCCAAUGAAGGCAACCUUUUUUAUAACAUAUACAAUGGUUGAUGGUUGGGCUGGGGUAGCUGGUGAGAUAUUGAGAUUGAAGCCACUAGUGAUCUUCCACCUGAAAAACUUUUUCUUGGUCAAGACUGAGAAAGACAGGGAAGAGGCAAUGGACCCUGGAAGUAUUGGUUUUGACUCAAGCGAACCUCAAAUUCAGCUGUAUUUCUUACUUGGUCUUGUCUAUGCGGCAGUGACACCAUUUUUGCUCCCUUUUGUAUUGAUAUUCUUUGGGUUUGCGUACGUUGUAUACCGCCACCAGAUAAUAAAUGUGUAUAAUCAAGAAUACGAGAGUGCAGCAGCAUUUUGGCCAAGUGUUCAUGGACGCAUAAUCACAGCGUUGAUUGUAUCACAGCUGCUUCUCCUUGGGUUACUUAGCACAAAAGGCGCUGGCCAGUCAACACCUGUGCUCCUUGUUCUUCCUGUAGUGACCUUCUAUUUCCACAAGUACUGCAACAACCGCUACAAGCCGACUUUUGUGAAAUGCCCAUUGCAGGAGGCGAUGAAGAAGGAUACCCUGGAACGUGCCAGAGAGCCAGGAUUUGACCUCAAAGGAUACCUAAUGAAUGCCUACAUCCACCCGGUGUUCAAAGGUGAUGGGGACGACGACAAGUUCUCAGUCGUUGAUCAACCAGAAGCCGAGCAAGUCCUGGUGGCAACCAAGCGGCAGUCCAGGCGGAACACCCCCGUGCCCAGUAAAUACAAUGGGUCGGAAUCACCUUCGCUUCCUGAAAUUGUAAAUGACCAACGGCUAUAAAGAUGUCUACAGUUUUCCUAUGUAUAUUAAGGAUACAAUAAUGCUUUCGAAUGCCUCCAGUUAAUACUAGUAAAAGCAGUGAUGGCCAAUAUAUUCAUGCGUGUGGUUCUU